AGCAGCGUCUGUUUGCCUCCUCCACACGAGCUCACAUGCGCGCAGUUAUCGCAUCGCAUUGGCUGGUAGAGGACAGACGGCGUGUCGCCGAGAUAAGGCAAAAAAUGUUGUAUUGAAGUGGAGAAAGAGCUGCGGUUGAGACUCAUCCCGAGGGAUUAUGGGAUCAUGACGGAGGACCUGUUCAGGAGCUCUCGCAUGUCCAUGAAGGUGGCUGCUUUGCACUUUGUGGACCUUCCACUGUCGGUUUAUUACUCUCUUCCACAGGUGAGUCUGAGCACCGGCACCAAGAAGCUCUUUGCCGCCACUGCCUUCGGCGCAGUCUCCCUCAUCUUCCUCGCACGCCGCUUCAGGAGGAGGAAGGGCAAGAAAAAUGCCAGUUCGCCUGCAGAGCAGGAAACAUUUCAAUUCCUCACUUCUGUCCCUAUGAAAAAAGAGAUUGACUAUCAACAUCUGCCUCUGAACUCAAAGAGCUGCUACUCAUGGAAUGUGGUUUCCAAUGGUGGCCUGUACGGCAAGCUUUCGGGCUCCCUGCAAAGCCUGGCCUCGGGGAGGAGCAGGCACUCCUCCAGUAACUCCACCUGUGCUAAUGACUCCAGCUGCUGGGACGGGGCAGGAGAUGAGGGUGACGUCUGUAAUCUGCUCAACAUCCCUGUUGCCACUCCAGAGAAUCUCUACCUGAUGGGAAUGGAGUUGUUCGAGGAGGCCCUGCGGCGCUGGGAACAAGCGCUGACAUUCCGCAGCAGGCAAGCGGAGGAUGAGGACAGCUGUGCGUCGGUCAAGCUGGGAGCUGGAGAUGCCAUUGCAGAAGAAAGCAUGGAGGACAUCAUCAGUGCAGAUUUCAUCCAAAAGCUGGAGUCUCUGCUACAGAGAGCCUAUCGGCUUCAGGAGGAGUUUGAGGGAGCGCUGGGAAUGACAGACCCUUCAACAUGUCCUAGUAACGACAAACACAUGGAUCUCUCCGUGCGGGAGGACUUGGAGGACACCUGUCUCAGAGAUUCAAUCAGCAUCGCCUCGACAGAUUCCUUCGUGUCUGCCGCAGAGUUAUCUGAGCACAGAGAGAGGAGUGCCCAUGCACUGUGUCAUCACCCCUUCUACGAGGAGGCCCUGCAGAUGGCGGAGGAGGGGAAGAUCUCCUGUCGAGUGCUGCGAACAGAAAUGCUUGAAUGCCUUGGAGACACUGACUUCCUGGCGAAACUGCACUGUAUACGGCAGGCGUGUCAGGUAAUCUUAUGUGAAAGAGCAACUAGAGCAUUUCUGGCUGACACAGGAAAGAGGAUAUUGUCUUCAAUAAUUACUAAAGCAAGGAAGAGCCCAAAGAGGUUUGAGGAGGUGUUCGAAGAAAUGAUCUGCUUCAUGGAGCAAACAGACCACUGGGAGAACACAGAAGUUGAGCUUUCUGCAAGAGGGGUUAAACAUCUCAACUUCUAUGACAUCGUUCUUGACUUUAUUCUUAUGGAUUCAUUUGAGGAUCUUGAGAAUCCACCAGUCUCAAUCCAAAAUGUGGUGAACAAUCGUUGGCUCAACAACUCCUUCAAAGAGACGGCUGUUGCAUCAAGUUGUUGGUCCGUUCUGAAGCAGAAGAGACAACAUAUGAAGGUUCAAGAUGGCUUCAUUGCACAUUUCUAUGCAGUGUGUGAACACAUAAGUCCGGUCUUGGCUUGGGGGUUUCUAGGUCCCAAAAAUUCCCUGCACGAUUUCUGCGGCUUCUUUAAGGAGCAAGUGCUGUUCUUCCUGAAGGACAUCUUUGACCUGGAUAAAGUGCGAUACUCUAGUCUGGACACUCUGUCUGAGGAUGUCCUGCACCUGCUUCACCGACGCUCAGAGCUGCUGCUGGCCUACCUGGGCACCGACAUGAUCCGCCACCUAAACGGCUGUAGUGGCACACCUUUGCACCUGGUACACAGUGCUUUACUGGAGGCACAGGUUCAGUGAGCUACAGCUGUACGUCACAUCCGUGUUCUUACCUACCAUUGCUGAGUCCAGCACACAUCAAUAUUAGUGCCAUUUCAAUGCAGUGUAAAGUUUGUGUAUUUAAAUGGAUUUAAAAAAAAAAAAGGACAGAUGCAUUAGGGUUUUUUUGUUUGUUUUUUUAUAUGCCUUUGUGUUCAAGUAGUAAAUUUGUCUAUUAGUUAACUUGCACAAUGAAUUAUCAGGUCCUUGAUGUUUUAAGACUCAAGCUUUAUUGGAAGUAUUGUGAUAGCUUUAUUUGUUUUACUGUACGUCACUUUAAAGAAACUAAUGUUCAACUCUAGCAAUAAAUGUGUACAUUCUUUGUGGAUUUUGUAAAUGUGAUUCAUUACAUGUUACAUGUCCACAUUAAGCCAGUAUAAAUGUACUGUAUAAAGGAACACUGAAAUCACUAUGAGAAAUAAAAAACCUUAACCAUUCUUAAUGAUUACAAUUUUAUUGAUGACAGUGGCAACAAUCUUCAACAUUUCAGACCAACAAUUCUCAGCAAAAACUCAAAAAGUACAUUCAACAGCUUUAACAGUUCAUGAUAGCUUGUUUUACCUCAAAGGCAUGCUCCAAAUUUCUCAGCUAGCCUCCGAUUUUCUCUUCGUUUUUAGACCCCCGCGAAUUCUGUUGUGAACAGUUUGCUCAAAGGAAAGCACAUCUU